CGAUACCUUAUCAACAUCCCUAAAUGAAAUACACGUAAACCUUCUUUAACUGAACGCCGACACAAAAUAAUAUGCUAUUAAAAAUAUGUUUUGUGCUGCCACUUUUAACAGUUGCAAUAGCAGUCGAUGAUCCACAAAAGCUAAAGGAUAAAUCAACAAAAUUGCCACCCUGCAAAGCUUGCACCGUACUCGUCGAAUCGUUUAAUUUGGGACUUGAGCGAACAAAACGAGGCAAGCAUGCCGGCGGUGAUGCGGCCUGGGAGCAGGAGAAAAUGCGUGCCUAUAAGAACAGCGAGGUGCGUUUCGUUGAGAUCCAAGAGCAGCUAUGCAGUGAAGUUAAGCGGGGACAGGACCAUUGCCACACCUUGAGCAACGAUCACGAGUUGCUGAUUGAAGACUGGUUUAUACACAAGCAGGAUGAGGAGCCCGACCUGCAUGGCUGGCUGUGUAUUAAACAACUCAACGUUUGCUGCCCCCCAAACACCUAUGGACCCACGUGCCAGCCGUGCACCGAUUGCAACAGUAAUGGUAAAUGCAAAGGAAGUGGCACGCGCAAGGGGAAUGGCAAGUGCUUAUGCGACAGUGGGUAUGCCGGCACCAAUUGCAAUGAGUGCGAUGAGCUCCACUAUGAAUCCUUUCGCGAUGCAACAAAGCUUCUAUGCACAUCUUGUCAUGCCGCUUGUGGGGACGGCGGCUGCAACGGAGCUGGUCCAAAGAGCUGUCGCAAGUGCAAGGCUGGCUGGCGCAUGGACACCGAGACCGGUUGCGUGGAUAUUAACGAGUGCGUGGAUCAGCACCGAGCCUGCCAGCCACAGCAGUUCUGCGUUAACAACGAGGGUUCAUUCUCUUGCCUCGAGUGCGACCGUUCCUGUGACGGCUGCGAUGGCGAUGGACCGGACAUGUGCAGGAAAUGCGCUGAUGGUUAUAAGCUGAAGGAUGGCAAGUGUCAGGAUCUAUCCUCCCAGCAACGUGAUUCAUAUGUUAACAUCACUCGGCUGCUCACCUACUUUGGCAUGUGCGUGGCCACGUGUGUAAUCUUUCAGAGCUCCACGCAUAUUGCCUAUAUUGUCGGUGGAGCGGUCGCUAUCUACAUAGCUGCCUCAGAGUACUGGUUAAAUUGGACGGCGCAGGGCGGCCAAAAGCCUGAAAUAGACACAAAGCAGCUAGAGGAUUUAAUUAUGAAGUCAUUAUAAGCCCAAAAAGACAUCUGGAAUUUUUCGCUGACAGAACUUUUAUUUUAUUCUGUGAAUAAUUCGUACGAGAGAGCAUUCAUCUGCAGUAUUUUCAUUGUGCAUAUUUGUGUUUUUUU